GUCAUCUCUCUUCAUCGGUUUCUUCCUUGCACAGUUGUGUUCCGUUCAUUCUCGGCGAUUUCUGUCACGGCUUACAUUCGCUGCAGUAACCUCUGUGCUUCAAUCCUCUCACGAAGCUCGAAACCCUCUCUCACUCGCCAGAUUCGAUGGUGAAGGAGAAUCCAGUGUCCGCUAUGGAAAUCGAUGAUCAGAAAUCGACGAAUUCAGAUCAGAUCGUUCCCAAGUUCUCCAUUCACGUACUGCAGCUCUUGAAAUCUGCGCAAAUGCAGCAUGGUUUGCGUCAUGGAGAUUACACUCGCUAUCGGAGGUAUUGCACGGCUCGUUUGAGGAGGUUAUAUAAGUCGUUGAAGUUUACCCAUGGUCGCGGCAAAUAUUCAAAAAGAACCAUAUCUGAGUCCAAUGUCACUGAAGUAAGGUUUCUUCAUGUGAUUCUCUAUUCCGCAGAGAGAGCAUGGAGUCAUGCCAUGGAGAAAAGGCAGCUUCCAAAUGGGCCAAAUGCACGCCAACGUAUCUAUUUGAUUGGCAGGUUGCGGAAGGCAGUAAAAUGGGCUACUUUGUUUUCACAAUUGUGUGCAGUCAAGUCAGAUUCUAGAACAUCUUUGGAAGCUGAGGCUUAUGAAUCCUAUAUGAAGGGGAGUUUGUUGUUUGAACAAGAUCAGAAUUGGGACGUGGCGCUAAAGCACUUCAAAAGUGCUAGGGCCGUAUAUGAGGAAUUAGGCAAAUAUGGAGAUCUGGAUAACCAAGUGAUGUGUCGUGAGCGAGUUGAGGAACUCGAACCUAGUAUCAGAUACUGCCUUCACAAAAUUGGCGAGUCAAAUCUACAAGCCUCUGAACUGUUAAAUAUUGGUGAUAUGGAAGGGCCUGCAUUAGACCUUUUUAAAGCUAAAUUAGAGGCUGUCAUGGCUGAGGCAAGAUCUCAACAAGCUGCUUCCUUGACUGAAUUCCAUUGGCUUGGCCAUAGAUUUCCAAUUUCAAAUGCCAAAACAAGGGUUGCCAUUUUGAAAGCUCAGGAGCUGGAGAAAGAUAUACAUGGUCCCUCGGCAGAUUCUAUUCCAGCAGACAAAAGAUUGGUUAUUUUUGACAAAAUCUUUUCCGCAUAUCAUGAUGCUAGAGGCUUUAUUCGGGCUGAUUUGGCUACUACAGGAAGUGCUGAAAGUGUAAAAGAUGAUCUGAAUGGCCUUGAUAAGGCUGUCAGUGCUGUCUUAGGAGAAAGAACCAUUGAGCGCAACCUCUUGUUGGUUAAGGUAGCGAAGAGUAAACUUGCAAGGCGUAGUGAUGAUAAAAAUGAAAAAGUCACCAAACCUGAAGAGCUUGUUCGCUUAUAUGAUCUCUUGCUACAGAAUACAGCUGAUCUAUCAGAUUUAGUCAGUUCUGGAAGGGACAGAAACUCAGAAGAAGUUAACUUUGCUGAAGUGUGUUCGUGCAAAAGUUUGGCUUUUCGAGCUGAAAGGUGCUUUUACGUUGCGAAGUCAUAUGGUGUUGCUGGAAAGAGGGCUGAAGCAUAUGCUUUGUAUUGUCGUGCUCGAACACUGGCAGAAGAUGCCCUAAGAAAGUUUCAAAUGUUAGAUGGUGAUAAUAAGACUAUGGUGAAAGAGCUAGAGGUCUUGUGCAAUGAAUGCCGCUCUAACAGUUGUAUAGAGCACGCGUUGGGGAUCAUGGAGGAGAAGAAGGCUCAAGAGAAUCUCUCCGAAGGGAUCUCUAAUAUAUCAUUAACUGGAGCUGAGCGGUUGGAGAAAUUCCUUCUUGAGAAACUUGAUAUCUAUGAGUCUGCUGUGGGUGAUUCAAAUGUGAAACGUGCUCCCCGUAUUGCAGCUUUCCCUCCAGCUUUCCAAUCAAUCUCCCGCAAUCCUAUUGUGCUGGAUCUGGCCUAUAACAUGAUUGAAUUCCCAUCUAUCGAGAGUCGGAUGAAGAAGGAUAGAAAAGCUAAGGGUGGCUUUAUCAGUAGAAUAUUUGGAUGAGUUUAUUUGGUUAGGUUUUUGGUUCUUCAGAAUGAAGAAUUCGUGACAACUAAUCUGGAGGUUCCUUUUGUUGAAUAUUUUUAUGAAUUUUUGACAUGUUGAUAUACAAAUUUUGAGUGGUCUGUUAAUUUGGAAAUUUACAGCGGGAAGAUUGAUAAAACAUUUUAUAUAAGUAGGACUGUAUUCUACUUUUUGUAGCUGCGGUUAUAAUGUUUACAAUAACUCCUCUUUUGAGCUCCAGAGCGUCUCUUUUCCAUACUGGAAGCUCAUGCUGCUGCUGGUCCAGCAGGUCGCGCCUCUGGUCUCUCCUCCCUUCUUAGGCCUCUCAAGCUUCUCCCAGGACAUCCAAUUCAUCUUCCGAAUAGUGACAUCUCCUCCCCAGAAAAAUUGAUUAAUCGUAAGCUGAACUACAUUGCACAAAGUUUGUGGCAAAGCAAAACAGCUCAUAAUGUACGCUGGUAUAGCCUGAACCACUGACUUGCAAUAAUUUGUUCUAGUGCUUCCUUUUCUUUUCUGCUCA